AUGGACGAAAGCAUGGAAGACAACACCAAAAACGGCAUCUCCAACAAUCGUAGCCAAUCAUUUGAGGGCGAGAACAGUCUUCAAUCUUCUCCUGAGGGUUCGGACUGUGGAUCUGAGAUCACCAGAGUAAGUUGACAUGGUAUUUUUAUAAUAUUGUCUUAGAAAGUGAAGGAAAUGUUAAAUGACGGGCACUUCUCGUCUGAUCAGUCGAUUCCUGAGGCUUUUGGGGAUCCGCUGUCGCCUACAUCCAUCAAUUCGAUACUUUCUUACAUUGCUUCCAAGAGAUCCAAAGCGUAAGUGACUCCUCUGGACUUAAAUAAGGUAAUUAUUUUAGCAAUCCGGGAUUUAUUCCCAUCAUUAAUGAUUUGGUUCAUACGAUUAACAAUUAUGAGUUGGAUCCUCCUCACAAAUUGGCCGAUCAGUGUGAGCGUCUUAAAAUAUUUUUUGGUUUAAUACUGUGGUUUGACAAUUUCAAAAUGACGUCAAGUUGCCGUAAUUUUGGCUAAAUUAAACAUUCUGAUGUACGAAGCUUUCACACGCCAGUUUAACAUAGACUAUGAUGAAUACCGUUCAUAUUUUGAGUGUUACUGUUUAUCUCAUCGGUCGUAAAAGACAAGAAGGAGCAAUUUAGUUCCUAAAUUCUUACGAUUUUUUUGCAAAAAUUUACAAAAAUAUACCAAAGAAGUUCAAUUCGACAUUCAAAAUGACAGAACAAUUUGACAACUAACUGACGCGUCAAGUUGACGACUUAACAAGCCUAUUUAAUACUAAAAAAAAGCUAGAUUUGGUAUUUCAGUGAAUGGAAACCAAUUACUACGAUACAGGAUCAUGUACGCGAGAUGGUUGGUAUAUUGCAAGUUCCCAAGGUCGUUUCCAAAUCUCCCGUUGUAUACUCCUUCACGGGUAUUGGAUCAUGAUUUUGUUGCUGUCUUUGGGCCCAUUUUCGUUGAGAAGCUUAGACAACGAGGAACUAGGGUAACGAUUUUAUUUUUUGCCGUUAUUCAUUCUUUAGGAAAGCAGAAAGUGCGCGGAUUUCUUCGAGACUUUGACCGAGUUUAAUGUUCCGAGGCCAACGACUCUUAAAAGAUGCAGAAUCCGAAGCGGAUCGGAAGGGCGGAAUCUCUUCCAGGAUUCUGAUGCAGUUACUCUGACUCCCAAAAGUAGUGUAUCUAGCAUGUUGGUCUCAUCUGCUAGCAAUGCCGACGAAGUUGGCUCCAAUAACGGGGUUAAUAUAUUCAAUAACUACAAUUCCAUGGAAGAAACAUUGGACACCAUAGACGACGAAAAUGGCGAGACAAUGGUGGCGGAAGAUAAUGAUGCAGAGGAGACCAAAGAUGAGGCUGAAGAGACAAAAGUUGAAUCAGGCACCACAACGGAGUCUUUGAAUUCCCGUUUAUUAAAUUCUCUGACGUUGGAAGAUUUGGAAGAAAUGUCGUCUCAGCAGUUAAACAAAGGUGGGCCGGUGAGUUUGAUACAAUUAUAGUCUUUUAGAUGAGGAGGCCCUCUUCAGUAUGAAGAGAAGGGACUCGGCCAAACAAGAAGAGAAGGAUGGCCAGAUAGCCUUUUAUUUCUGUGCCAAUAAUUGCACCGUCUCUCAGAAACCGCAGAAGUUGUUAUGGCUUUUACAACUCCAGAGCGUCUUUAGUGCUCAGCUGCCGAAGAUGCCGAAAAGUUAUGUGACAAGAAUUGUGUUCGAUCCAAGACAUUGCAACCUUCUGUUAGUUAAAAGAGGUAGGAAACGGUAUAACUUUGAUCAACCCCUUCAGACAUUGGAGUUAUCGGUGGCAUCUGCUUCCGACCGUUUUACAUCGAAGGGUUCACUGAAAUUGUGUUCUGUGCUAUCACUGCCAGUCAACAAGUAAGUAAAGUGAAACAUCUGGAUUUUAUUGCUUUAGGUAAAAGGUUAUGGGACUCUGAUGAUGAAUCAUCUCAAGGACUUCCACGUCCGAGUUGCUAAGAUUUAUCACUUCCUUACAUAUGCCGAUGAAUUUGCUUUGGGUUACUUCAAAAAACAGGGAUUUACGGAUAUAAUUAGCCUUCCCAGAGCAAGAUAUCACGGCUUUAUUAAAGAUUACGAAGGGGCGACAUUAAUGGAAUGCGAAUUACAUGCCAAGUAAAUCUAUUGUAAAGAUCUUUCUGCGCAAAGAUUUUGAUUGAAGUUUUUUUUGUACGCUUUCAGGAUGCUUUAUGUGGAUUACAAAGAAGUAUUGAAGAAUAUGAGGGAAACGUUCCAGGCCUAUAUCAACAAGAAUUACCCUGACUUCAACAAGACCUACGGUGGGAUCGAAGGGUUGUUUCAAGACUUACGUAAGUUGUGUGUUCUUGAAUAAUCGUUCCUUUAGCAAGAGGCCAGAUUCUGGAAUUAUCGAAAAUUCCUGGAAUAAAUCAAUUGAAAGUUAAAGAUACGCUGGAAGCAGAGGAUGUCUCACCCUUGAAAGUGAUAUACAACAAAAUAAAAUCAAAUCAGAAUGCGUGGCCCUUCGAAGAACCGGUUGAUGCGGAAGAAGUACCAGAGUAUUAUGAUUAUAUAAUGUUUCCGAUGGAUCUCAAAUUGAUUGGACAACGACUCAAAGAUGGCUAUUAUGUACAUGUAAGUAUGCUAUUUAAAUAGACGAAAUGUUUGUAUCCCAAUGUCUAUUUUUUAUCAUUUAGCCCCGUCUAUUCAUUGCCGAUUUCAAACGAAUGUUUGCUAAUUGCUACUCCUUCAACUCCGCCCAGACCAUUUAUUAUAAUUGCGGGUACCAGCUGAAUGUGGCGUUCAACAAGUUGUGCAAGAGCUUUUACCCCGACUCGGACCUAAAGUGCACUCUACCGGAAAGUUCUCCAUGUUGGGACAACUGA